AUGUUAGGGUUGGCCUGUCAAUUCUGCAAGAGCAGGAAAAUUGAUCGGCAGUUGUGGGAAUCUGCUUCAAGCUGGGAUGAUCCGUGGGGAGUGGACCUUGGGUCAUCAUGGGCCAAAAAUAAGCCAACCGAGUGGAGGUUGACAGGUUCUAGGUGGUCAGAUGGCAGAAGGGGAUGGAAAUCUGGCCCCAGAUUUCAAAAUCAAAUGCCCAUUUUUGGCCAGCCAGUCAAUGUUCCCCGAGGGGGAUUUGGGACAGAGCAGUCUCAGGUGUCGCAUCCGGUGUUGAACCGACAGGCGGUUGUUGAAUUUCGAACAAAAGUUCCCACAUUAUUUGUUCCCCACCCCAAAAGACCCAUUCUUCCCCCCCAAAACAAUGCCAUUCUCUUUCCAUCUUCAUUCUUUCCGGCUUCAGUGGAUAGUUUUAGCACAGACUACCUGCUGCAGCCCGGACCAGACGCCCGGUUUUUGCUCAUCCCGUCGACCUAG